UAAAUGCAGCAUAUGCAGCUAUUAUAUUGAUUACCAGAACGAACUGGCCCCGCAGCAAGCAAGCCAUGCUCUCGACCUUCCAACCCGUCUGCCCAAAUGCCACUCGGAGGCAUGCACAGCUGUCUAAUCAAGCUUCUCACCCGCUACUAGGCCCUUUCAGGCCUUGCAAGGGUACUCAUGCGCGGGCUGCGGUAGUCGGCGCGGCGUCCAUGGGCAGCGUUGCCCCACCGACUGGUACGCUGGCCGCUGAGACGCUGGCCGAGUCAGUGGAGCGCGUCGUGGUGUCGCCCGUGUUCCGCACAGGGCCCUGGGACGCACAGCGCAUGGCGCAGCAACGCGCCGUGCACCAGGCGCACAUCCUACUGGUCAGCGAGAGUGACGCGUGUCGCUCAGUGCUGGCGGCGGCAGCGCUGCGGCGGCUGCUUGCGGAGGCGGGCCUGGCGGAAGCGGUUGUGCUAGACACCUGCGGCACACGGCCCUACAACCUGGGGGAAGAGCCUGAGGCCUCCGCGCUGGCAGCCGCCGAGGCGCUGGGCUUGAUGGAGCCACACAGCCCCAGCAGCCCCAGCAGCAGUGCCAACGGCGGGCCACAGCCGCCGCACCGCGCGCGGCUGUUCAGCGCUGCCGAGGACAUGGUGGGCGCAGACCUGGUGCUGGUGAUGGACAAGUACACGGCGGGUGACGUCAUGCGCGAGGUUUCGUCCUUCGACCUGGUGAACCGCAGCCAGCCGCUGACCUACAAGGUGCGGCGGCUGGGGGAGUUCUGCGACUGGGUGCCGCCGCAGCCCAGUGCCUCUGACGUGGCGGCGGCAGUGGCGGCGCCGCCACCCGAGUACGGCAGUGAGGGCGAUGAACUGGACAUUGAGGACCCGCUGUACGGCAACCUGGGUGGCGACGAGGAGGCGCGGGCGGUGCUGCGGACGGCCCGUGCCAUCACGCGCUGCUGCCAGGGCCUGGUGGCAUUCCUCUCCCACCUGCAGGCCGAGCAGCAGCAGCAGCUGCUCCAGGCACAGCCAUCAGCGGGCUCUGUAGGCAGCAAGGAGGGCGCUGUGCAGGAGGGCGCUGUUGCAGCGACAGAAGGCGGCGCGCUGGGGCCAGCGCUCCGCGCGCACCUGCUAGGCAUGGCGCCUGCGGCCUGGUUGGCGCCACCCAUGCUGUCUCCGCGUGUGGACAGGGAGCAGCUGCCGGCGUUCUGAUGGAAGGACGGGGGGUCAAGAGCAGGCGGAGUGGAUGCGGGUGCGUUAAAUGCUGAAGAGCAGCUGGCUCGGCAGGCGGGGCGCCAGGGUAAUUGGGGCAGGGUUUCCAGCACUUGUUGGACGCCCGGACAGUGGCGGGGCGGACGUUGCUGGCUCGAGUUACGGUGUCGCUGUAUCAGAGGUUCAGUUCGAUGGUGCAAGCCUUGGAUGGCUUCGGGUGGGCUGGACGGUGGCUGGAAGGGGUAGGAGACUCUUUAUGUUGGCGGGAGAUACUGCGGUCUGUCCAGACUCGCCUGUAUCGCGGCCUUGGACCAACCGCCACAUCACACUGGUGUUACUUGGACCGAUUGGCCCGGUUCAUGUAGAUUUAUGCACAUAUCAAUUAAAAGCGUGAAGGCUGGUGCACCUCAUUCUUGCAACCGACGCUCAGUGCCGCUGUAAACAAAGUUCGAAAGGGCGACAUUCGUAAAUGGGGAAUUGGGGUUAUGCACGGCACGUAUGCUUGCACCUAUGCUAGCCUUGCUAUGGGCCUUGUUACUUGUUAUGGGCCCCAGUAAGUGCGCGGUUGCAUGCAAGUGCAGCUACUGCGGCCAGUGGAAGGUCGAGUUCUACCCGGGCCCCUAUUUCUCAUUCAUUGAAUGACGAGUGUUGCGGAACAUUGAACGUCUGGGGACGCCGCCCGCAGGUGCGCCGCCAGACAAAUGCACUGGGCGUGCAUGCCUUUUGCUUGUGCCUGUCUGGCUGCUUCCAUCCCCGCAUUCGCGCGCAUAUGUCCAGGCUCUUGGUUUCUGCGAAGGGAAUAUCCACGUG